AGACAGAAAACUACAACCGAAGUAUUUCUUAUACCAGGUAUCGACGGAUGUGGAACUGUAUUCAAUCAUUUAGGGCCAAAUAUUAACUUCUCAGCAAGGGCCCUGUGUUAUUAUACAAACAACAUCGAUGCUACAGACAUUAUAUCAGAAACGAGUGAUCAUCUUAUAAACCAUAUAUUACCAAAACUGACAGCUGGAAAAGAUUUCAUAAUGGUAGGGUACUCCUUCGGGUCUAUUAUCGCAAUUGAACUAACGAGGAGAUUGGAAGCUAUGAAUUUUAAAGGACGGCUUAUUCUCAUCGACGGCGCUCCUGAGCAAUUACGAACACUAUACCAAGAGUACAGUUUUGAAAUUUUUGAUGAUACAGACCUCCAGAAUAUUGUUUUAAUCAAUAUUGUGGAAAUUUAUUCAGCAGGAGAUACUGAAAAGAUUCUAACGGAACUGAAGAAAUAUAAGACCUGGGAAGAGAAAUUUAGUAUCUUCGCCAAAGAAUUUUUAGCUACGAACACGUCUCUCUCACUCGAAAAUUUAAAAACACUGUGCACGACAGCUUAUAAGCAUGCAUCAGCUGUUCCGCAAUAUGAUUCUUCUACGCUGGCACCUAUAAAGUCUUCCAUAAUGUUGUUAAAAGCUACGAACCCGUUGCUUAGAUCCGUGAUUGAAGAGGAUUAUGGUUUGCAGAAGAUAACUCAAAAUGUGGUGAAAGUACAUUUCAUUGAGGGUACUCACGUGACAAUAUUAAACAGUGAGAAAAUAACAGCUGCGAUUAAUGGAGAGCCGCCAUUUGCAAUUUAAUAUUUUAAGUUAUUUAUAAUUUUAUUUCAAAUUUACGUCUGUUAUAAAACUUACAGAAAUCUG